AUGACGAACGAAUGGGAGCCUGAGACUGGUGCUGCUGCAAUGCGAUUGUCGAACGUACCAAUGCUGGCUGCUGCCGCGAUGAUGGGCAGCCUCGAUGUUUUCAAUAAGACUAGUAUGACUCAGCUUAGAACGAAAUCGAUAUUACUAACGGGUUUGCUCCAGCGGGAAGUGAAUAAAUUAACAGGGAAAGGCGCUGAGAUGAUUUUCCGAAUAAUAACACCAUUUGACCCACGUGAAAGAGGAGCUCAGCUGAGUUUGAAAUUUGAAAGAGUUCCGCCUGGCGCUGGGGAGGAGAGUGUGACGGAGUUCACGUUAAGGGUGCAUCGUGAACUGGAAAGUGCGGGAAUUAUCACAGAUUAUCG